AUGACAUCUCCUUCACCAAAAACUGUUCGAGUAGAUCGGCUACCCUUGCCAGUUACUAUUAGCUUUAUUCGUGCCAAAGCCAAGGAAGGUGAAACGGUUCGGAUUGGGAACAAGGAAUUUCCAACGGUAAUAUGUGUUGGACGCGUGGUGUCAUGUCGUCCUGUACGAACGCUGAAUUCGUUGCAAUAUGUGGUUUGCGAUUCUCCAGAAGGCAGUGUGACCAUGAACCAAGUCUCAGUGCUAGAUCGCAAUGAGUUAAUCUGCCCCGAAGAGUAUGAUUGUAUAAAGAUGGAAGCAUUUCUUGCAGUGCAAUAUCACAUGAAGAACCCUGCAGUACUAAAUCCUAUGCGACGAUCUAUGCAGGGCACUCCUCUUCCGAAAUCAAGUUCCUCCCCACUCACAACACCCUCUCCUCGUAACAUCCCCCGUACGACUCCCUCAUCUGCUCCUGCUAAACGCUUGAGUUGUCCUACUCCUUCGAAUCCGACUCCGAAGAGACCAAAUGUUGCGAACUCUUCGUCAGCUCGUAGGCCUAUAAAUUCUACACCUGCUCAGAGAAGCUUGGGCACGACGAAGACAGAAACUGUAAAUCAGAAGACAGCGUCAAAGGAAGCGGGUAGUCAAGAUUCAUUCGAAGAUGAAAACUUGAUCUCCAUGGCUUUCUCUUCAUUGUACAGUACAUCGAAUCCGUCGUUUUUUCAUCACUUAUCUGUGCAAGAUCCUCUCAAUAAACUCUUAGAGACUCAGGCGCAAAUUCCGCAUCAGUUGAAGUUGACAAGUACGUAACU